AUGACGACGGAGCAAAGAAGUACAAGAGAGUGGAGAGAGGAAAAGAUCCCCUCCGAAAAUGCACCGAACUGGCCCCUGAGAGUGGAUGGGUGGGGGUAUGAGGACACUCAGUUCGAGCUCACUGACAACGGAGAGAUCGGACUCAAGGGGAGCAGGUACCCCUUCAGCGGGCUCGUUUUCCCCAAUUUCCGACCGUGGAUCGAGAAGGUGGUAGGGCUGAAUGUCGAGGAUCAGGCAACUCCAGUUCCUAUGGCAAAGCCGCAUCCUCCUGUCCGCAACGAGGGCUUCCUUGAGAGCGUGAAGAGUUGCUGCAAGAGGUUGUCUGUGACGGACAAGGACCGGCUGUUCCAUGCUCACGGGCAUACGUGCCAAGAGAUGUAUGCUCUCCGCUACGGCAAGCUCACCCGAGUACCGGAUGUUGUCAUCUGGCCAGGGUCACACGAGCAUGUCGAGAAGAUCGUCAGUCUCGCCAACCAGUUCAACGUUGUGAUCAUCCCCUUCGGAGGAGGUACCUCGGUUUCAGGAGCUCUCAUAUGCCCCAGCGAAGAGACUCGCAUGAUCGUCAGCCUUGACAUGCACGAGAUGAACUCGAUCAAGUGGAUCGACAUGGAGAACAUGCUGGUUUGUGUGGAGUCCGGACUUGUCGGCCAAGACAUCAAGAGGAGAUUAGAGAAGUAUGAUGUCACGAUCGGACAUGAACCUGAUUCCCUCGAGUUUUCUACUGUGGGCGGAUGGAUUGCAACGAGAGCUUCAGGGAUGAAGAAGAAUGUGUAUGGGAACAUUGAAGACAUGCUGGUUCGCGUGAAGAUGGUCACGUCUGUCGGGACGAUCGACAGAGCGGUUGAAGUGCCCAGGCUGUCGAUGGGUCCGGAUGUGCAGCAAGUCAUCCUGGGGUCUGAAGGAACUCUGGGUGUGAUCACGGAGGCUGUUCUCCGGAUCAGAAAGUUGCCGCCGGCUCGGAAGUACGGAUCCAUCUUGUUCCCCAACUUCGAGAGCGGCGUCAACUUCAUGUGGGAGGUUGCGCGUGAACGAUGUGCUCCAGCAUCAGUCCGACUGGUCGACAACGAGCAAUUUCAGUUCGGCUUGGCGCUGAAGCCGAAGCAAACGAACCCCCUGACCAGCUGGCUCGACGCGGCCAAGAAGAUGUACGUGACCAAGUGGAAGAAUUUCGAUCCUCAUGAGAUGUGCGCGGCGACUCUCUUGAUGGAAGGGACGAAGGAGGAGAUCGAGCAGCAGCAAAAGAAACUUUCAUCCAUCGCCGCAAAGCACAGGGGGAUGAACGCAGGGGAGGAGAAUGGCUUCAGAGGAUACUUCUUGACAUUUAUGAUCGCCUACCUCCGAGACUUUGGAAUAGGAUAUCACUUCAUCGCGGAGUCCUUCGAGACCUCCGUGCCAUGGAGCAAUGUGCUUGUUCUCUGCGAGGGCGUGAAGCGUCGGAUAUCGCGAGCAUGCAAAGCUCGAGGCAUUCAGCGAGAGCCAUUCGUUUCUUGCCGAGUCACUCAGACAUAUGAUACGGGCGCGUGUGUCUACUUCUACUUCGGCUUCAUCUCCAAGGGCUUCAAGGAUCCUUCCGCUCUCUUCACGCAGAUUGAGGAUGAGGCAAGGCAGGAGAUCCUGGCCCUUGGCGGCUCCCUCUCGCAUCACCAUGGUAUCGGAAAGCAUCGCCAGCAAUGGCUCGAAUCGCAGGUGUCUCCUGCUGGAGUCUCCGUCCUCGCAGGGAUCAAGUCGCAAGUGGAUCCCAAGAAUGUGUUUGGGAAUGGCAACUUGGUGGGAGAUGGCAAGGGGAAGAUACCCACGUCUCACCUGUAA